AUGGCUCCCCUGGCCGCAGACCCCCGCCAGCUCGUGGUGGUUCUCAACCCGGCCCGCCGUAAAGCUUUCUACACCCUCCUCUUCGAUAUCACGGGUUACAUGCGCUCGCAGCUCGAGCUCAAAGACGGCGAUCAAGCAGACUCCGUCUCGGGUGCCGCCGGCAACCCGGCCUCGCCGUCACUCCAGGACAGGAACGCCCCGCUCUUUGUCCCGGACGCCAGCCAGGGCGGACGUAGCAGCAGUCCCAGCCACCCGGACCGCGGCGGUUCCGGCGUGCACAGCGCCCAGCUCCGGGCUUUGAGGAAGGCGGCGCUGAAGCACUUUGACGGGUGGCGGAAGGAAGUUCUGGAAAAGGUGAAGGAGGUUGUUUCAGUUCGGGACGAUGACAAGAUCCUGGAGGCCAGGAAGAAGCGCUUGGACGAGCAGGAGAAGCUCAAGGCCGAGUCCCCCAGCCUCGGGGAGGAUUUAAUCAACUUUGGAGAAGCCCCUCAGGCUUCCUCGUCGGCGAAUAAGGUCGACGAGGAGGUGGCCGCACUGCAGGAGCACUACCAUCCCAUCCCGAGCCGGUUCACUACCAUUCCGGUGGAUGAUAGGAAAGAGGUGCUGAGCUGCCUCCUUGUCCUCGUUUUGUCAACGGGUUGCUACUCGUCGCACUCCAGGGUCUUGGCUCUAUAUCUCACGUCCGCGUUCGGUCUGCCGGUCUCAUGUCUCAUCACGGAGGAGACGGAGAUCGCCAAGUCUCUAGUUGAAUCCUCGACGGCUCCCGAGGGUCAGAAGGCUACCAUGUCGGCCGAGGCCGAGGCUGCGAAGCGGCGGCAGGAAAACCAAAAGAGCCGCUUCUGGAAAGUCGGUCUGGCUUCCGUGGCAGGCGCCGCAGUCAUCGGUAUCACGGGUGGCCUGGCGGCCCCCGUAGUCGCUGGCGCAAUCGGUGGCAUCAUGGGAAGUGUCGGCCUGGGAGGCGUUGCAAGCUUCCUCGGUAUCUUCUGGAUGAACGGCGCCCUCGUCGGGACUCUGUUUGGUGCGUUUGGAGCCAAGAUGACGGGCGAGAUGAUGGACACCUACGCCAAGGAGGUCGAGGACUUUCGUUUCCUCCCGCUGAAGGACGAAUGGGGUCAGGACUAUAAACGCGCUGAUCCCGACGGCAAGCAAGGAGCCCGCCUUCGCGUGACGAUUGGCAUCAACGGCUGGCUCAAUGACGAAGGCGACGUGACUAAGCCCUGGCGCAGCUUGGGCGACGAAUCUGAAGUCUUUGCCUUGCGGUACGAGAUGAAGUCUCUCCUUGCCCUCGGCGCUGAGCUCGAGGGUCUCGUGUCAUCUUACGCCUGGAACUAUGUCAAGAUCGAGAUCCUGAAGCGAACCGUCUUGGCUUCUCUCUGGGCCGCUCUAUGGCCCGCCUAUCUCAUUAGUGCUGCUUCAAAGAUCGAUAACCCAUUCAACCUAGCCCGAAAUCGUUCAGACAAGGCUGGCCGCGUGCUUGCUGAUGCCCUCAUCGCCAAAGUUCAGGGAGAAAGACCCGUGACUCUGGUCGGUUAUUCACUCGGUGCCCGCGUCAUUUACUCGUGUCUACGAUCACUUGCUGAGCGUCAGGCUUUCGGUCUAGUCGAUACCGUAGUGCUCAUUGGUGCCCCUGUACCGUCCAACAGAGAACAUUGGCAGGUCUUGCGGUCUGUGGUGUCAGGUCGCAUUGUCAACGUGUAUUCGGAAACAGACUAUAUUCUCGGAUUCUUGUACCGCGCCACCUCGCUUCAACUAGGAAUUGCAGGCUUGCAAGAAGUCAAGAACAUUGAAAGAGUUGAAAAUUUGAACCUGAGUGCGGAAGUCAGCGGGCACCUUCGCUACCCUAGCUUGAUCGCCAAGAUUCUCACAAGAUGCGGCUUCCCUAACGUCAAGGGCGGCGAGGGGGUCAUAGAGAAGGAUGAAGAUCUCGAUAUCAAGAUCACGGAUGAGGAGGCAGGUUCGCAGAUGGGCGAGCUCAUUCAGCUCGAGGCGCAACCCGACCCCGAGUCGGAGCCCCAGCCGAUCAGAUCCAAGCAGGCUGCCAGGUUCCCGAACGAGCUCCGUCACCCGUUGCAUCCCGACCCGCCUCAACAGAAGAAGAAGAACCCGAACCGCAAUAAGGUCUCUAGGUCUGGCGGCGCAACCGUUUCAGAAUCUUUUGAUCCUUUGGGAGCUGGUGGUGGUGACCCUUUGAAUCUGGGAAAUCUAGGUCAGGCGAAGCAGGGACCACGUUCGCCUCAUCACGAAGAGCUCCGUAGUCUCGGCUCUCCACCUCUGGAGAAGCAGCAGUCGGCAGAUCCCCUCAGUCUCAGCGCUCUAGGAACAACGAAUCAAUCCUCCGUUCCUACUGAAGCUGGUCACAGUCGGCAGGGCAAGAAACCGGAACUUCCUCCGAGACCUUCUGCUAUCCACUCCUUCCAGAGCGAUGGUGCUAUAGACUCGCACCGCCGUCCGGAACUGCCGAUGAGGCCCAAGACUUUUCCCGUCCCGGUACAGGAGGAUGAGGAUGAAGAUAGCGAUGACGAGAGCUUCAAGGGGAUUCAGUUGGUCGAUAAUGAAGAUAUGACGAGUUACUCAGAGCCCCUGAGGGUCGAUGACUAG